ACUAAAAGGGUCGGAGAAAGAACGAAUUGACUGACAGCAAUCGGCAGCUUUGGAUUGUCCAAUACUCUACAAGGGCUUCGAGGAGAAUGUCCAAAGUGUUCCCCUGUCUGUCCUUGCGCUACCGGAACUGCAACGGAUCUUCAGUGAUUUGUACCGAAUUCGGGGUUUGAAUCGUCAAGUUGCACAUUUGAUCUGUCAGCAACCACACUUUCUAAACCUGUUCAACUUCCACUGGACGAGUUAUGGUGGUACCCUGUCAUACGUGGAACUAAAAGCUGGUUUCUGAAAUGCGUUGAUUCGUUUGUUCACCUGGAUGAGCUCAGAUGAUGUUUUAUAAUUAUCCAUGGUUAUUCUCGAUGAAUAGCGACAGAGUGACCGCCCAAAAUGCUCCGGAUUGGUACAAAAGAAGAUCCUUCUCGGCCUUGGCUUUCUGGCCUUGGUGCUCAUGCUCUACUACACGGCCAAUCACGCCAAAGACAAUACCUCGCCCAAGGGCCCCAUUCAAGGCAUCAAUAAGCACUUGAAAUCCAUUCAGGAUGAUUCGUCUCGGUCUUCGACAGCUUCGUCUAGCCACAUGUUGGAACAUGGACCCUCCAAUCAGGAACAACAAAUUUGUCCCGGGUCAUGAAGUCCGAGGCCGACAUGGAAACGGAACAGAUCUACCCACUUUGAACUUUGAUGUAAGGUUUGAUGCAAUGAAAGCUUUCAGAACGCAUGGUAAUUCUGGUUGUACAUUUUUUGGUUUUUUAGGCGAAUGGGUGGAGAUGAGGGAGUAUUGGAACGACAAAAUGGAAAAACGCUACCAAAAGCGACGCAAAGAUAUGUGGCCCAAAGUUCCACUGAAGGUGAUUAUCAUGCCUCAUUCCCACAAUGAUCCAGGAUGGCUGAAAACUUUCGAGGGUUACUUCAACACGGCGACCAAGAAUAUUUUGAACAAUGCUGUGGACAAGAUGACCAAGUACAAAGACAUGACCUUUGUGUGGACAGAAAUGGCGUUUCUCUCCCUAUGGUAUGAGACGGUGCAUGAUGCCCGAAAGGCCAAUUUUCAUCAACUUGUAGAGGAAGGACGCUUCGAAAUCCUAACCGGUGGAUGGGUGAUGACUGAUGAGGCCAACGUGCACAUUUUCGCUAUGGUUGAUCAGCUCAUUGAAGGCCAGCAAUGGCUCAAGAACACGUUCAACGUGACGCCCAAGAGCUCGUGGUCGGUGGAUCCUUUCGGUCAUGGGGGAACCUUCCCGUACGUUUUACAGGAAGCCGGAGUAGACGGAAUGGUGAUCAUGCGCAUCCAUUACGCUUGGAAGGAGUGGUUUGCCCGCGAACAGCAGGGAGACUUCUUAUGGCAUCAGCCGUGGGAUGCCAAGGGGAAGCAUGACAUUCUUUGUCACAAUUUCCCAUACGACAUUUACUCGAUCAAGGGCAGCUGUGGCCCUCAUGCUCAAGUGUGUCUUGGUUUCAACUUCAAGAACGUGGUGGGUGAAUACAACGAGAACGGCGCCAACAUCGCCAUCAAUGGAGCCAAUGUGAAGGAAAGAGCUGAGCUCAUCUUGGACCAAUAUGGGAAGACGGGAUCGCUUGUGCCGCAUAAUGUGGUAUUGGUGCCUUUAGGGGACGAUUUCACUUACAAGCAUGACAUUGAGUGGGAUCAGCAGUAUUCAAACUACAAGAUACUCAUCGAUUUCAUCAACCAGGGCAACUACAACGCCGAGAUCAGCUUUGGGACAUUGAGCGAUUAUUUUGAAGAGGUUCGGAAGCGCACGACCAAGUUCGAUACUCUCAGUGGGGACUUCUUUGUGUAUAGUGACGUGUUUUCGGAAGGUCGUCCAGCCUAUUGGAGUGGCUAUUACACUACCCGACCGUUCAUGAAGCAAAUGAGUCGUCAGGUCGAGAACCAUCUGCGAUCGGCCGAGAUACUUUACACCUAUUCUCUAAACAAAGCCCGCCAAGAGGCCGAUAAGGAAGCCAUCCACUUCCUAGAAGCCCUCUUUGUCCAUUUGACCACGGCCCGGCGGCAUUUGGCUUUGUUUCAGCACCAUGAUGCCAUCACGGGCACUUCCAAGCAAUUUGUCAUGCAUGAUUAUGGACUGAAGCUGUUCGAGGCGCUGAAUUUAUGCCGGAAAAUCCAAAGAAACACCCUCCAAUUUCUGACCUAUAGCGACAAGAAAGAGCGUAUUAACGGCGCUCACCUUGGGCACGACUUUGAAAGAUCGAGCUACAAGACCAAUCAAGUUCCGGUGGCAAUUGACAUGAAGCGAGGAGACGCGUUCAUCUUGGUUUUCAACCCCUUAGCUCAAAGGACCGAGGAGAUCACCACUUUCUACGUGGAGACCAGUGCCAUUUGCAUCGUCGAUCCGAAGCAAGUGAAUGUACGAUACCAGAUGAACCCCACGUGGAACUCGACCUCGGGCUUCAAAUUGGACACGAACUUCUUGGAAGUAACGUUCAAGGCCAACCUGGAGCCCUUGUCGAUUACCAAAUUUCAAGUGAAACACUGUCAUGUCGAUAUCAAGCGGCGUGAAAAGACCCAAGUGUUCUGUAACAAAUGCCCGAACCGUGACAAGCCAUCGAGUCCUCUGACCUUGGCUGGACUUCCUCCAGGGGCCAUUCAACUGGAGAACUCUCAAAUGGUGCUCAUGUUUGACGAGGUCACCAAACUUCUCACUUCAGUCACAAAUAAAUUGACUGGGAAGAAGGACGAGCUCAACUUGAAAUUUUCAGCCUAUCCAACCGCUCAAUUCCGCAGCGGGGCCUAUCUCUUUAAAACUGAUCCCCAUAUGAGCGAUUAUGUGGAGGUUUUCACGCAAAAUGAUCUCAAGGAUGUCGUGGUCAUGAGUGGGCCAGUGUACUCCGAGGUGACGGUCGUGUACGAAUCCGGCGAGAAUACCCAAAGCCCGGGUAGUUUCAUUCACACUGUACGCCUCUAUCACACCUCAGACGGAAUCAAGAGCAAGGGCAUCUACAUCGAGAAUUGCUUCAAUUUCGGUGACAGCAAUAACCACAAUGAUGUGGACCUGUUCAUGCGGUUCGAGACCAAGAUCCGGAACCAUGAAGAGGAUAACACGGAUGAGAACCCCGUGUUCUAUUCCGAUCAAAACGGCUUCCAGAUGCAGAAACGCUCCAAGGUCUACCAAAUUGGCAUAGAGGGCAACUCGUUCCCCAUAACCUCGUUGGCUUACAUCGAGGACUCCAAGUCUCGGUUGAGCAUCCUGGUCGACCACGCCCAAGCCGCCGCGUCUUGGAUGACAGGCUGGUUAGAGGUCAUGGUGGAUCGUCGGUCUUCUUUCGACGAUUCCAGAGGCAUGGGCGAGGGGGUCCUCGACAACCGGGAGACAAUUCAUCGCUAUUGGGUGACAGUGGAAGCCCAACCACCGGAUGAGGCUCCCCAACCCACUCCCGACACUAAACUGAGUCUUCCUUCUCAAUUGGUCACGACGCUUUCACGCCAUCUCAACUACCCAGCCAUUCAUUACUUGGGCUAUGAAGCCCAAGCUUUUCGCUCCGCCCCGAUCUCGCUUCUUGAAUCGGGUCCGUUGCCCUGUGAUAUCCAUUUGUUCAACCUCAGGACCUUGGCCGAUCCCAAUGUUCCGACCAAGCCAUCCAGCCAGGCCUUGAUGAUCCUUCACCGUCAAGGCAAGGAUUGCGAAUUGACUACGGCCCAAACGUGCUCGGAAGGAUCCAUGGAUUUGACCUUCAAGGACUUGAACACCAAGGAAAUGAGACAGACAUCGCUCACUGGGACGCAAGACCGCAAAGAGGCUCUGAACCAAUUGUCCGAACUCGAGAUUGAACCGAUGACCUUAACGUCCGUAAAGGUUUCGUUUUAAAAACCAUUCCCGUACUGGCCGCCGGUCAUUUCAAGUUCAAAUAAUGAUCUGAAAACAGUAUUUUAGAGUCAAUUUCAUCGGUCUGUUGUUAGUAGGAAGGUGUUGUUGGAACCGAAAUAACUUAAAUAUUAGUAUAAUACCAUCGUUGUUUAAACGUGCAUACACUAAUCCCAUCAUUCGUUGUCAAAUUUACGUGAAGAGAUACAAUAAAUUAAGUACCUGG